CAAAGGAGGUGUGUGUUGCUGUUGCAGAAGCUGUCAGCUCAGGCAGCAGACAUGGUCGCCUUACCGCUGGUGUUUUUGUCCUGGUGUUCAUGGAUGUUUGCCCUGGCCAGUGGAGAUAUACAGCAUGUCACGGCGAAGCCCGGAGAGAAUGUCACUCUUCACUGUCAGGCUCCGGGCCAUGGCUAUGGGUACCAGUAUCUAGCUCAUCCCUAUUCAAGCAUAACAUGGGAGAGACCUGAUUUGGGGCCAGAGAAUUAUGUCUUCUUCAGCCAGAGUAACCGCUCAGUUGAACAGCACCAGCUUCCAUCUUAUCGUGGUCGAGUGGAGCUGAGAGAUCCAGAGCUGAAGAACGGAGACACUUCUGUUGUUCUGAAGAAUGUCAGGGUCAAUGACAGCGGAACAUACGAGUGUGGAGUUAUUGACGGAACAUUGGCCUGCAUUCUCGGCGAAAUUCCUCCAGACAGUAUCAUUAAGCUGAUGGUCAUAGACUCAGGCGAGGGUGGUGGAGACAAGGCGGGAAGAAUCAUGAAUGGAAGAAUAACAGGUCAACAUGUCUGGCUCAUCACCGGUCUGUCAGUUGGUGUGCUUCUUGCAGUUGUUGUUGUUGUUGCUAUUGUUUGUUGGAUGACUCGUAGAAAAUAUACAGUACUCACAGAGAUUCAUUCAUACUGAGCUGCUGCUGACAUCACAGAUAUCUUUGUUUCAAAAUGUUUGGGUCCUGCUGCUGUUCAGUCUAAAUAUUUGGGCAUGAACAGGUAGAGUAGGCAAAUUAAGCUCAUUUUGAUCACAUUGAUGCAUGUAGAUUCUCCAGAUACAAAGACUUAAAAAGUAAAUAAAGCAACAGUUCAGUGAGGGGUUAAAUCAGAUGAACACAGCACAGUGCAUUUGUUCACAACACCUGAAUUUGGCUCCAAAUGCAUGAUUUUUCUGUGUGUGCAACUCUGUUUAAUUCCUUGGAUGGUUUCAGCUCAUUUUAUUGUGAGACUCUUUAUUGUCCUGCUUUGCUUUGUCUUUUAUGGGUUUUUUAUAGGUCUUUUAUAGGUAAUGAUAUCAGAUGGGGAACAUAU